CGGACCUUUCCUUGAGAUUGUCAUUUUCAAACAUCACAAGAUCUCGCCACAGCAUGAGUCAGUCGGGGUACAAAAUUGCGGUGCUUCCUGGCGACGGCAUUGGCCCGGAAGUGUGCGAGCAAGCUGUACGUGUGCUGACGUUGGUCGGGUCUCUCUUCCAGCACAAGUUUGAGUUUACCCAUGGCUUGUGCGGCGGCGCUGCGUACGACGAGUUUAAGAGCCACUUGCCGCAAAGCACGGUGGACAUAGUCAAGGCAAGCGAUGCAGUAUUGUUUGGGUCUGUCGGUGGACCCAUUGAUGCCCAAGAAACCCCAAAGUGGAAGGAUGCCGAGAAGAAUUGUAUCUUGGGCCUUCGCAAGAACUUCAACUUGGCCGUGAACAUUCGCCCUGCCAAGAUCUACGCCAUGUUGCCGGACCUGUCCCCGCUCAAGCCGAGCAUUGUUGCGGCGGGAGUGGACAUGGUCAUCGUGCGGGAAUUGGUGUCUGGCAUCUACUUUGGCGAACACUCGACUGAAAACGGCGUGGCGCGGGACGUGAUGAAGUACUCGGAGGACGAAAUCCGAGUCCCGAUGAAGUUUGCGUUUGAGACAGCCAUGGGUCGCACCAAGAAGCUCACGGUCGUUGACAAAGCCAACGUCCUCGACUGCAGUCGACUGUGGCGCAAAGUGGCCAAGGACAUCGCGCUCGAGUACCCGUCGGUAUCUGUCGAGUUUGUGUAUAUUGACAACGCCGUGAUGCAACUGAUCAAGAACCCAUCGCAGUACGACGUUAUUGUCACGGGCAACAUGUUUGGCGACAUCCUGUCGGACGCCGCGUCCGUCCUUCCUGGCUCGUUGGGUCUCAUGCCGUCGGCAAGUCUUGGCGACCACAUUCACUUGUUUGAGCCCAUCGGCGGGUCAGCGCCAGACAUUGCCGGCAAGGGAAUUGCAAACCCGAUUGCUCAAAUCUUGUCGGGCGCCCUCUUGCUGCGCUAUUCGUUUCACGUACGUGGCUCCUUCAUCGGAUGUAUUUAUUAUCAUUCCAAUAUAUAUAUAUAUAUCAUGAUGGGUGGUUUGUAGAUGGACAAGGAAGCGGCGCUGAUCGAACAAGCCGUGAACAACGUGCUCGAGCAAGGCGUCCGCACCGGCGACUUGACACACGACCGCGCCGACAAAACGGUAGGCACCACAGCCAUGGGGGACGCCAUUGUCGCACAAAUCCAAGCGCUGCACGACGCAUCGGCGAGCAAAUCAUAAUAGUCCGUCCACAAAGAAUACAUAUCCUUCAUAUUGUGAAUUCGCUAUUAAACUUUUAAAAUUCGCAGGGUUUGUCUAACGUUAAAGUCUAAUUUAAGGUGC